AUGCCUAAAUGGGUCUUCCACCACACAGUCGGUGCUUUCACCAACAACGACAAAAAACUCAUAGCGCAUGGAAUGACGAAGAUUUACACCUCAGUUGGCCUUCCCGCUUUCUACUGCCACGCCCAUUUCAUUGAGCUUCAGCCGGAUAGCAUCUAUGCCGGCGGAGAAACGCCUCAAGCGCUCACCACGCUUUCCAUCUACCAUAUUGCUCGAGGCUUUGCCGAUAAGAACGCGGAGCUCGGGUUCAUGAAGGCACUGGACGACAUCCUGCGACCAAUUCUCAAAACUAGGAGCAUUGAGUGGGAGUCGGCCAUCUACGAAGCGAAUCGCGACCUCUGGAGAAUCAACGGCUUGGUACCGCCUGCCACGGGUUCGGAGUUGGAGAAGAAAUGGUUUGAGGCGAACAAGGUCACCGACGAAGAAGAGCUACUGGUGAAGCAGCUGGCUUCAGCUCAGGAGCAUUAG